GGCUGUGGGCACAUAGUGACCUAUCAGGACAGUGGCACCAUGACAUCUAAGAAUUACCCAGGGACUUACCCCAAUCACACUGUAUGUGAAAAGACGAUCACAGUGCCGAAAGGGAAGAGGUUGAUUCUGAGGUUAGGAGAUUUGGAUAUUGAGUCCCAGACCUGUGCUACUGGCUAUCUUCUCUUCACCAGCAAUUCUGAUCAGUAUGGUCCGUAUUGUGGAAAUAUGGAUGUUCCCAAAGAACUCCUGCUGGACACAAGUGAAGUAACUAUUCGCUUUGAGAGUGGAUCCCACAUUUCUGGGCGGGGUUUUUUGCUGAACUAUGCCAGCAGCGACCAUCCAGAUUUAAUAACGUGCUUGGAACGAGCUAACCAUUAUUUGAAGACAGAAUACAGCAAUUUCUGCCCAGCUGGUUGUAAAGACAUUGCAGGAGACAUUUCUGGGAAUGUGGUGGAUGGAUAUAGAGAUACCUCUUUAUUGUGCAAAGCCGCCAUCCAUGCAGGAAUAAUCGCUGAUGAAUUGGGCGGUCAGAUCAGCGUGCUUCAGCGCAAAGGAAUAAGUCGAUAUGAAGGAACCAUGGCCAAUGGUGUGCUCUCAAGGGAUGGUUCCCUGUCAGACAAGCGAUUUCUGUUUACUUCCAAUGGUUGCAGCAGAUCCUUGAGUUUGGAAUCUGACAAGCAAAUCACAGCUUCUUCUUCUUGGCAGUGGGUCAGUGAUAUUGGAGAACAAGUUCUUUGGUCUCCUAGCCAAGCCCGACUUCAGGACCAAGGACCGUCAUGGGCUUCAGGGGACAGCAGCAAAAACCACAAACAACGAGAGUGGCUGGAGAUAGAUUUGGGAGAGAAAAAGAAAAUAACAGGAAUUAGGACGACAGGAUCCACACAGUCAAAUUUCAACUUUUAUGUUAAGAGGUUUGUGAUGAACUUCAAAAACAACUCUAAGUGGAGGACCUACAAAGGAAUUGUGAAUAAUGAAGAAAAGGUGUUUCAGGGCAACUUUAAUUUUAGGGAUCCAGUGAGGAACAAUUUCAUCCCUCCCAUCGUGGCCAGAUAUGUACGGGUUGUCCCCCAGAUGUGGCACCAGAGGAUAGCCUUGAAAGUGGAGCUCAUCGGUUGCCAGAUUACACAAGGUAAUGAUUCAUUGGUAUGGCGCAAAACAAGUCCAAAUUCUGUUGGUUCAACUAAAAGAGAAGAUGAAACAAUCACAAAACUCAUCCCCUCUGAAGAAGUGCCCACAGGAAUAAACGUCACAAUGAUUGCUAUUCCACUGGUGCUUCUCCUUGCCCUGCUGAUUGCUGGAAUGGGAAUCUUUGCAGUCCUUAGAAAGAGGAAGAAGAACGGAAAUCCUUAUGGAUCCGCUAAGGCUCAGAAAACAGAUUGUUGGAAGCAGAUUAAAUAUCCUUUUGCCAGACAACAGUCAGCCGAGUUUACCAUCAGCUAUGAUAAUGAAAAGGAGAUGACACAAAAGUUAGAUCUCAUCUCAAGUGCUAUGGCGGAUUACCAGCAGCCUCUCAUGAUUGGCACCGGAACUGUCACAAGGAAGGGUUCCACCUUCCGACCCAUGGACUCCGAGGCGGACGAGGCAGGGGUGAGCGCCGAGGCCCCCAGCCACUAUGACUGUCCUCUCUCCAUGGGCCGCCACGAGUAUGCGCUGCCCUUGACCAACGCAGAGCCCGAGUACGCCACGCCCAUCGUGGAGCGGCACCUGGCCCGGGCGCACACCUUCUCUGCGCAGAGUGGCUACCGUGUGCCGGGGCCCCAGCUGGCACACAAACACUCCCUCUCUUCUGGCAGCUUCUCCCCAGCUGCAGCGGCAGCUGGCGCCACAAGUACGGGCUACCAAAGGCCGCAGAGCCCCGCGCCCGCCAACCCAGGCUACUCUCAGCCCAAAGCUGGGGGCUGCUCAACCGCAGAGCACGCAGAACCAGAUUAUCAGAAGCCCCAGAUGAAUGAUGCUUACUCAGCCCCCAGAGACUGCCUGAAACCCCUCAACCAGACAGCUGUGACUGCUCUUUUGUGAACAUAAUGUGAAACAAACCUGCUGUGGUACUGAGCAUCCUGCUGUGUGCGGCACUGGAAGAAGGGAUGUGUGUGUGUGUGUGUGUGUGUGGGUGUGUGUGUGUGUGUGUGUGUGUGUGUGUGUGUGUGAGAAAUUUAAUAGGAUCCUCCGGUGGAGUCCUAGAGACCACCUCCCAAACUGUUUACAAAGAUGUGCAGCUGGGCAAGAAGUCUGUUGAGUUUUGUUGGGCUAGAAAAAUGAAAAUUUUUAGAUGGUAUUUUCAUUUUUCUGGGAUAUUGAGCUGCUUUGGUGUAAAAUGUGCAAUCUGUACAGUUAUAUUUAACAAGAAUUAAAGUAACUUAAGUUUGCUUUUUCAGAUUUUAGUUCUGCACAGAGGUUAAGUGGGAGAAUGCAGCUAUUGCAAAAACGUAUAUAAAAGUAUGUUCACUGUUAAAAUAUAUUUUAUAUGAUAGUAUGUUAGCAGCAGGUCUGUUUAAACUUAAUCUUGUUUUUGUGGCUCAUUUUCUUUCCUUUGAUAACUAGAACUAAAAGCAUUGUUAACAUUCUUCUGGAAGGAAUGAAAUUACUUGAAGCAUGAAAAGCACACCAGGGUGGUUGUUAACAAUUAUGAUUGCAGAUUUAAAAACACAGAGAACCACCUCAGCAACUACCUGUUCUGUAGACUCCACUUCAGGUAGGAUGUGCAGUGGCCAGUCAGGGCAUUCAUAGAGCAGGAGGGGACCACACUGCCCUCACCUGCAGGACCUGAUCCCUGGGGAACUGGCCUCCAUCACACUUUGCUUCUUCCUCACCUCAGACCUGGCAGAUGCUGUAUGGCUUUCACAUGCAAAUCCACCUUUUCAAGCUCUGCGAAGCCAAAAGCUGACUUAUCAGUAACCCAAACUGCUCUUCCAACAAAUUGAAUGAAGGUGGCACAGCAAUUACAGCCUGAAUUACUGUAUCAGAUGCUUUUGUACCUCAGGCUAAAAAUAUUGCUGAGGUCAGAUGCCCACACUUUUCAUGACUUUCUUCAGAAAUAGCACAUUGUACUCUGAAACACAAAAAAUAUUUGAGCUGUGUUCUUACAAAACUGACCGAGGCCAAAUCUACACAGAGCUUUUCUACUGAGAUGGUUGGGAACUGAACUGAUUUUGUAAGGAACACUUUUCUCUUCUAGUAUAUGUCUAAGUUCCAAGUUAGCCCAGACCUCAGCUAUACCUCAUGUUCAGUAGUCUUUAUCUGAGUUUGCCUUGUGAGUUUGCUGUGGGGGAUUUAACCUCUUUUGCCAAAGAGGAAAAUAUACAUUUGUUUGUUUGUUUUAAUAGAAAAUGUGGACCAAAAAAUUCUUUCACUAAAAAAAUGUAUUAUAAUCCUAUUUGUAUGACUGUGACUUUCUGUGAAAUGUAUAAAUGUUAAAAUAGUGAGGGUGCUGGAAGGUUGUGGCAGAUUAUCUGUGGGUUAUUGUGGUGGAUACACUGUUUACGUUGUGCUGUUUACAUGGUUUUACAUGCAUACUAAUAUAAUACACUAUGCCAAAUGAAA